AAGUCAGACCGGACGUAAAGCAGUGUGUACCUUUUAGCUUGAAAGGAGGCUGAUCGAGGUGGAGGCAGUCAGCCUGCGACGGAAAAACAAGCGAGAACACGUCGAACAGUACAUGUUUAGUCCGUGUUUUGAAGCAAGAAAAUGAGAUAAACCAGACGAGAUGAGGAUUUAAAUGUUGUUUGUGUCACUUUGACGAGGGUUUGGUCACUUAUUGUUUGACCCGCGCGCGCUAUCCCUGUGCUGUGACGCUUGUCUGCCCAUUCUGACUGGAGUGAACACUAAGGGGGAAUCCAUGAAAGAUGACGGAGGAGGUGAUUGUUGUAGCCAAGUGGGAUUACAUGGCCCAGCAGGACCAGGAACUUGACAUCAGAAAAAACGAGCGCCUCUAUCUCCUGGAUGACUCAAAAACAUGGUGGCGUGUCCGCAACGCCUCCAACCAGACCGGAUAUGUUCCGUCAAACUACGUCGAGCGCAAGAACAGCCUGAAGAAAGGUUCGCUGGUGAAGAACAUCAAAGACACACUAGGUUUGGGAAAAACAAAGCGGAAGACGAGCGCUCGGGAUGCCUCCCCGACGCCCAGCUCAGACACGGAGUUCCCCUCCAAUGGCAGUGGAGGCGGGGGGGUCGGAGGCGGUGCAGCGGAGAGGAUCUACGACCUGAAUAUUCCCGCUGUGGUCAAGUUCGCCUACACGGCUGAGCGAGACGACGAGCUCACGCUGGUCAAAGGCUCCAGGGUGAUCGUGAUGGAGAAGUGCAGCGACGGGUGGUGGCGGGGCACGCAGGCCGGUCGAGUCGGCUGGUUCCCGUCAAACUACGUCCAGGAGGAGGUGGGAGGGCCGGAGGACAGAGCUGAGGGGGACUCCCCGCGGGGCUUCCACGGGGGUUCUCCAGGGACGUUGCUCGCUAACGGUCGCGCAGGGGGCCGCGGUGGAGUUCUACACAGGGUUCAGACUCUCUACCCCUUCAGCUCAGUGACAGAGGAGGAGCUGAACUUUGAGAAGGGGGAGGUCAUGGACGUGGUGGAGAAGCCGGAGAACGAUCCCGAGUGGUGGAAGUGCAGGAACGAGCGCGGCAUUGUGGGGCUGGUACCUAAGAACUAUGUGAUGGUGCUGGAUGAGCAGCCCGGAGCGCCGUCUCCUCUGUCCAGCUCCCAGCAGAACCGCCUGGUGGCGCCGGCGCGCUCGGGGAGGUUCGCUGGGAGGGACUGGUACUACGGCAACAUCACCAGACACCAGGCCGAGUGCAUCCUCAACGAGAGGGGAGAGGAGGGCGACUUCCUCAUACGAGACAGCGAAUCCUCGCCCAGUGAUUUCUCGGUGUCCCUGAAGGCGGUGGGGAAGAACAAGCACUUUAAGGUGCAGUUCUCAGACGGAGUGUACUGCAUCGGCCAGCGCAGGUUCACCUCCAUGGAUGAACUUGUGGAGCACUACAAGAAAGCCCCCAUCUUCACCAGCGAUCACGGAGAGAAGUUGUAUCUGGUCAAAGCGCUGCUGUGAUUCUCAACACUCUCAUUGCCCCGCCCCCUUUCCAUCACCUGUCUUACUUGGUAUUAAGCCGCGGUGACCACGCCAAACCUGCAGACGGCUCAAACGAGCCUCUCGACCCUGGAUGUGUUUCCAGUGAGCAUAUCUGCUGCUAACAGAACGUGUGAGGCCUUGUUGAGGGGGGGGGGCUUCCUCUGAUGUCAUUCUUCAUGUCUAUUUACAAGCAGGGACAUUGUCAGUCGCACCGUCGCUCUUAAAACACGCAGGAGAUCUUUACGGCUCAGAGGGAAACUCUGCAGGACCGGACUCUGGUGUUGACCCCCCCCCCCCUGCUGGCUGGUUUUCUCCUUUACUUUAAGACUGCUUUUGUUUUAUUUUAUAUAUAUUUUCUUUCCAGCGGGUUUUCACAAAGUGACCAGAAUCACUCUUUUGCCUUUUUAAUCCUCUUUUUUUCUCUCACCAUUCCUUUGAUUUCUGCAAUUCCUUUAUUUCUUUCAGCCUCAGCUGGUCGUAACACUUUUUUAAUUUAAGCUAGAAGGGGGCGGGGCAUCAUUGCAAUAGAGGAGACCGUCAAGUUCCUGUAGAGUCUGAAUGUCGAUGGGUGUAACCAAACGUGCCACUCUGGAGGCGUCGCCGCCGCCGACUCGGGGUCACUACACCUUCAUUCCUGCUGUGCUCCCGCUUUAUCCUGAGACUCCCUCUGCAGCAUGUGCCUGUAGCUACACCAGGAAGAACAAUAAUCCAGAUUUUAGGAGUUACUAAACCUCGUCCGUUUCUGUCAUCAAAGGCUGCUCUAUCGUAGUGUUUGGCAGAGUUGAUAUUUCCAGAGAAUUGUAUAGAAAAGAAAGAUUAUGGAGUAAAUGAGACCCAUUUAAACACUAUUAGGAAGCACCAGCCUUAAGAUUAAAAUGUAUAAACCCAGAUUAUUUGGUAGAUUAACUAGAUUAACUGUUAAACCACACCAGCUCCUUUCAGAACUGUUAAAGGUGUUUACACAAAGGAGCAGCUGUAACUGUUGCUGCCUGGAUUUAACAUAAGGUCAUAGUGAAACCUUAAAGAAGCGCAGGAGCAGCAGCUGAAGUGGUUUAGGGGAGAAAUCUGCUCUUUUUCACCAUAAUCCCCUGUAAUCCGGUUUCUUUUAAUUCUCCAUGUGCGUUUGUUUACCAGUGCAAGUGUUGAUCAUGGGGGUUCUCAGCUUUUAUAUGAUCCAUUUGAAUGUUAUUGAGCAUUGUUAUUUAAUUCUUGUCUCCACUGUAUGUAAAUAUCAAAGUAAGAAGAGGUGCAUAUAUGAAUCAUUAAGAUCCGACCAUGGUACUGUAUCACCGACAACGUGAUGAGAAUUCAGAUACUUUUGUUCAAUAAAACCAUUUUUUGGAAGAACA